CUACACUCUGCACGCUUUGUUCUCUUGCAAUUCUUCUUAAUUUGCUCCGACUCUGCUCCAUAGCUUUAUCAUGAGACGUCUUGCUCUUGUCGUCUACGACGCGCUGCUGGAAUUGUAUCGACUUCCCUCUUAGCAUCGCUGGAGCAUGAGCAGGCCUCUGCACCAGCAUGCGCGCGAGUUCAGCAACGAAGCGCUCUAUAAUCUCAAUGAAGCACUGGGCAAUCCGUAUCUUCAACCGGAACAGCGCAAGGAAUCACUACCAAAACCGUACCUGGGUCUGGGUGCGCGACUUAGUCAAGUUUGGCUCAAUCAGUGGACGGUGCUACUGAUUUUGGUUGCAGUGCGUCUGGCUAUUGCUGCUUCUAGUCUACGCGGGCAGCUGGAAGAUGGUCGUGAGCAGGUUCAAGCUGCUUGUUCUGCACUUGAGGUAACGGCGAGCACGGCACUCUCUGUUCCGCACUAUGUUGCUCGGGGCGCUAAUUCACUGGUCGCCAUCUCGAUUGAUGCUUCAGUGACGGCAGUAGCUGCAGUACUGCAGGGGCUCUUAACAGCUGUAGAGGAGAUUGUGCUCUUCUUCAUCAAUACCUUCAAGUCGACCUACAUCUGUCUUCUGGAACUAGCGGUCGAAGGAUCCAUUGGUGCCGUGCUGGACGCAGUAGAGACGAUCGGCAAUGUGCUCAAUUCGACACUGAAGGCUCUCGGCGAAGACAUCCAAGAGGCAACGACAGACGCCAAUUCAGCCAUCAACAAAGUCGCAGGCUUCAUUGAAAAAGCAAGCGCGUUCCUCGGCCAAAAGCUUGAUAUCCCAACCGUUGCUAUUCCUCUUGCGCCUCUGCAGGAUUUUCAGAUACCCUCAUCAUUCGAUCAAGGUCUCGACAAAGCGCGUUCUGCAUUGAAUUUGGACGCCGUGCAAAAUGCGACAGAUGCAGUGAUUCGCCUUCCCUUUGAACAGCUCAAGAUACUUGUGGACGCACGAUUCGACAAUUUUGCCUUCAACAAAAGCCUCUUACCCGUACCCUCCAAAGAAACGCUCUCUUUCUGUGCAGAAGCAGCGCUGGAUGAGACCUUUGAUGAUGUAGUGGAUGGCGUCAUGAAGACUUACCACAUCAUCCUUGCUCUACUUAUCGUUUUUGCUGCACUCAUUGCACUCUUCUUUGCCGGUCUUGCAGUCUGGCAAUGGCGCACGCUCAAUCGUCACGCACACAUGGCUGCUGCGCUGAGCAAAGAAAUCGACGCAGACCCACUUGAACGACUCCUUAUUGCAACACACCCGCUUCAAUACCAAUUGACAACGAAGUUGACUCGCACAAGUCAUCCUCGCAGUCGUCAACUCGUGCGUUGGUGGGUGGCAUAUGUCUCGCAUGGGCCAGCGGCAUUUGUCUUGCUUCUAGCAAUUGCUGGUUUAUUGAGUUGUGCACUACAAGCCAUCAUGCUGCAUAGCCUGCAGUCUGCAACCCCAGAUCUGGCAGAGUCAGCAGGCCAGGUGACUGCGCAGGUAGAAGCCCUUUUGUCUUCCAAAGCAACAGCGUGGGCAAAUGACACGAAUGUGCAGAUUGGCACGCUACAAGGAGAGCUGAAUAAUGAUUUGUUGGGUUGGGUGACGACUGGCACUGAGACAGUCAAUCAGACGCUUAAUGUGUUUACAGACACAUUGAUUGAGACACUUAAGGUGACAUUUGGCGGAACGAUUCUGUACGAGCCCAUCUUGUCUGUCUUCAACUGCCUCCUUCUCGUCAAGAUCAGGGGUAUCGAGACUGGUUUGACGUGGGUCCAUGAACAGGCGCACAUCAAUCUACCGGUGGUCCCUGCGUCAACGCUCAUGCUACAGCUAGCAGGCGACGAUGCAUUAAUGGACAAAUCACCAGGUCAAUCUGUCUCGGAGGGCAUCACCUCCAUCUUGGCAAAAGUCGCAAAACUAUGGCGAAAGAGCAUCAAACAGGAAGCAAUCACAGCAGGUAUUCUUUUAGGCGUUUGGGUGCUUGUCGCCCUGUUGGGACUACUGCGCUGUCUCUUUGUCGGGACUCAUGUUGGUGCUUGGUUCGCCUCGAUGCCAAUCCUGGGGCCGUUACGCAAAUCUGACAUCAGCCAGCCGUUGAGCAUACAGCGCCAAACAGCAAGGAUACCAGACUCAGCGAGUAGUUUCGGACAACGGGGUGUAUUGCCAGCUUUGGCAAGAGACGACAAGAGUAGUCUGCACAGUGAUACCAAGUCGCGUUUAUCAGAGGUGACUGACUUGGAUGCGUUGUACAUGGAUCGCGAAACGGCGCCGAUAGUGGAACGUGUUGGCCUCGUACCGAAGAUUCAUGCGCUUCUUGGUCAAGUUCCUGGUCAUCACAAGAGUGUAGUACCCAUCACUAGCUGAGUAGAUAAUAUAUGCAUCUUUGACGGUCCUGAAUGAGCCACGGGCCUUUAAGUAUUUCUACUUCCGCUUGCUAACAAU